AUGCCGCCUUCCAAGUGGGACGAAGAAGAAGAGGAUGUUCCUCCCCCCGUGACAGCACCCCGCCGCCGCUUUGACGACGAGGAAGAGGAAGAGGUCCUCGACUCAUGGGAUGCCGGCGAAGACUCCGAGGUCGAGCGCGAGAAGGCCAAGAAGGCUGCCGAGGCUGAGGCCGCCGCUAAGGCCAAGGCCCUCGCCAAUAAGAAGACCAAGGCUCAGCGGAUAGAGGAAAACCGCGAGAAGCACCGUCUCGAGCGCGAGAACUUUGGCGAGGCCGAAAGCGAGGACGAGACUGAGCGUCGCGCCCGUCUGCGCAAGACCGAACAGGAGGCCGAUCUUGCUCACGCCGAGGAUCUGUUCGGCAGUGUCGACGUCAAGCGCAACAAGGGUGCCCCCAAGGCCGUUGUCGUUACCGAUUCCAAGGACCCCACCAACUCCGUCGAUCUGUCCGCCAUGCCGCUCUUCAAGCCCACCACAAAGGACCAGUUCAACCGCCUCACCGAGAUCCUUGUGCCCUUGCUCACCCCUCACUCGAAGAAGGCCCAAUACUCCCUCUGGGCACAGGACUUCACUCGCAAGCUAGUGAAGGAGCUUCCUAGCGCUGAGAUCAAGAAGGUUGCCAGUGCUCUCACCACCGCUAGCAACGAGAAGAUGCGCGAGGAGCGUGCUUCUGACAAGGGCAACAAGAAGUCCAAGGCGGCCAAGACUAAGAUCUCGCUGAAUGCCAGCCGUGACGCUCAGCCUGACACCAGCCAAUACGACGAUGAUGGUCUUGGCGAUGACGACUUUAUGUGA